AUACCCGGAAGUGCAGUGACAGCAAUGAUGUUUUAAUUUUUUGGGGCUAGUACAGUAACGUCAGCUGAACCAUAACAUGUCUCACUGGGAAAAGAAGCGACCCAGUUUCCUCCCGUUUACUGGAAAGUGACAAUAACUACCACUGGUAGUCAGGAAAAACAGUAGUAGAUAGAUAAAUAUUGUUGUAGCUAGUUUAUUAUAGCAUUAAUCCAUGUCGCCUCUCUCUUUACCCUUUCCAUAAACUCGUGAAUGUAGCAGGACCAGAGAAUUAUUCCGAAUUAUGAGUCAUUUCUUAGCUGCAGAUUUUGCGAAAGGGUGUUUCGUAAAAACAAGACGGCCACAUGGACACAGUCACCUCCUGGACUGAGCUAACAGCCAUUUUACACGAUGGCCAUCGUAGGAGCCAGAGCGGUCCUCUUCAACCUGAGGUGCGCCAUCCAGAGAGCGGGCUCCUUUACCAGAAGCAGUCUCGUGCAGAGCUCCAGGCCAUGUUUCGUUAGAAGAGGGCGGAUUUUGACCCAGAUCCCUAAGGUCACGCUGCUGUGUUGGGGUGCAGUCAAUGCAUCGUCCUGGGCUGCCAUAUGUCAGGAAGCAACUCUCCCACGCCAGACCGCGGACAAGAAGUCUGUCGCCAAAGUCCAAGUGCACAAAGUUGUGUUCCUCCUCCGCCUCAGCCUUCGUGCAUUGGUGCUGCUCCUCAAGUUCGGCCCCCUGCUCCUGCUGUCCCCCCUGGCCCUGGUGUCCACGCGCUGGGCGUCCCUCUGGCUGGAUGCCCUGCUGUGGGUGACUGAAACAUCUGGUCCCACUUUCAUCAAGCUGGGUCAGUGGGCCAGCACCAGGCGGGACAUCUUCUCUCUGGAGUUCUGCGAGCGCUUCUCCACCCUCCAUGUGAGGGUGCGCCCGCACACCUGGGCCCACACCAAGCAGUGUCUCCGGAGGGCUUUCGGGGAAGGCUGGAGGGAGGUUUUGAUGUUUGAAAGCAAAGAGCCAGUGGGUUCGGGGUGCGUGGCACAGGUGUACAGAGGCUGGGCGAAGGCGGACCAGGUGGAGGACCCGGCCUUCCAGUCUCUGGUGGAGGAGAUGGAGAAAGAAGACUUGCUGGAAGCCUGGGAGAUCCCUGGGCUGGGAGGGGUGGCCAGGUCCCUCUGGCACCUCUGGAGGGGGAGUAAGGAGGAGGAGGACUUUGGGGCGAGAAGUCACAAACAAGGGAUGAGCAGCGCAGAGAAGGAGCAUCUGAUACCUGUGGCUAUCAAGGUGAUUCAUCCAGGCAUCAGGAAGCAGGUGGAAAUCGACAUACUGCUGAUGAAAGCAGGGAGCUGGCUCUUGCAAUGCCUUCCCGGACUCAAGUGGCUCAGUCUGUGCGAGGUAGUGGAGGAGUUUGAGAAGCUCAUGAUCAAACAGAUUGAUCUCCGUUUCGAGGCCAGGAACAUCGAGCGUUUCCAGGAAAAUUUCCGCAAUGUGGAUUAUGUCAAGUUCCCAACCACUUUACGACCAUUUGUCACCAGGACCGUUUUAGUGGAAACUUUUGAGGAGAGUGUGCCCGUAUCCGACUUCCUGAACCCCGAGAUUCCUCUGGAGGUGAAGCAAAAAAUAGCCCGAAUGGGGAUGGAGACCAUGCUGAAGAUGAUUUUUGUGGACAACUUUGUCCACGGAGAUCUCCAUCCCGGGAACAUUCUGGUCCACUGUUGGGGACCUCUUUCUGGCUCCUCUGACGGUGCUGGUAUAUCGGGGGAGGCCCCCGGUAAGACCACCCUCACCGACCUGUGGGACACGGUGGUGGUCAGCUUCAGGCCAGACAGGUGUCCUCUCCAGUUGGUGCUGUUGGACGCCGGCAUCGUGACCCAGCUCAGCGACUACGACCUCGCGAACCUCAAGGCUGUGUUCACAGCUGUGGUGCUGCAUCAGGGUGAGCGAGUGGCGGAGUUGCUCCUGAACCACGCUCGGGCCAACGAGUGCCGCGACGUGCCGCAGUUCAAGAAGGAGAUGUCCCAGCUGGUGGACCACGCGCUCGGCAACACCCUCGCUCUGGGAAAGUUCCAAGUGGGUGAAUUGCUCUCCAGAGUCUUUGGUCUACUCAUCAAACACAAGGUGAAGCUGGAGAGUAAUUUUGCCUCCAUUGUGUUUGCCAUCAUGGUGCUGGAAGGUCUCGGCAGGUCACUGGAUCCUCACCUGGACAUCCUGGAUUUGGUCAAACCCCUGUUGCUAAAGAACAGCGCUUCACUGCUCUGACAGACGCGUACAUGCAACACACAGACAGAGCUCGAGCACAGUGAACCACACACACCUGGCACCCGUAAGCACACACAGUACUAAGCUGUAUACAUACAGUGAAGUCCACUGGACUUGUGUAUCCUGUAACCUCCUAAUGCAAUGAUGAUGAUGGCGACGGGUUGUCUUCAAGCGUACACGAUUCCACUGUGGAUCACAGGAUCACCGUCUCAUCACUACAUUUUACCAGUGACCUCAUUAAGUUUCACACUUUCAUCAUUGCUACUCUUGAGUUUUAUUUAUAUAAUUGUUUUUUAAGCGGUACCAUUUUACCCACAGAAAAAAAGGCAUUUCCAACUGAGGCUAAUGAACGAGGGUAUGUGGGCUUUACUUUUUUAUCAAGUGCUAAUGGACUCAUUAGCAGACACACACAGAUUGCACCAGAGAGCAUUUGUAGUGAUAUAAAAGAAAAUACUACGAACAUCCCUAGUUGAUACUCUUGAGGCAUGUUUUACUUUUUAAUGACCAUCAGGAUGUCUUUUAUCACCCCAUCUUUUAUUGGAUGUUAGAUAAUGUUGUCUAAUAGGCCACAUUUGCUUUAGUGUGAAUCACAAUGUACUGUAACAUUGACCAUGUGAAGCCAAUUGUACUCACAACUGACCCAAUGUCUUUUAACCUUCCAUUAAAAUAGUGGAAACACGUGGCAUAUUUUCA